AUGGGGGAUGGAACCGUUGCCAAUGCGCCGACGGACGCUCCGGCAGGGGAGGCUGGCCCUUCGCCGAGCUCUGGAAACGCAGUAGCCAAUGAUCCCAGCCCAUCUGCGCCAGCAAAGAAGCCGAGGAGAUUUCACUGCAAACGCUGUGAUACCAGAUUCUCGAGGCUAGAACAUCUUCAAAGACACGAGAGAAUUCAUACACAAGAAAAGCCGUUCGCAUGUCAGCUGUGUGACCAUCGGUUUACCAGGAGUGAUCUGUUAAUUCGACACGAACGGCUGUCACAUAACAAGAUUGUACCACACAAACGUGGAAAAGGAUCUAGGUCCAAUGCCAAUAAAGCCACUGCUACUCCUAAUCCAAGCUACCAUGACACGCCAUCGUCCGCGCAGCCUGCCAUUCCCACAACAUUUGAUGACCAUCAUCGGCCUUCCAUUGCGGUUACUCAUCCAAGCAUUGAACGUCAUGAUGACUUUCCCUUGGCCACCUUAUCAAUGGCUGCGGAGCACGUCUCGCUUCAGAUGCCGUAUGACGCUCCCUCCAGCCAUCCCGCCCCCAAUUCAACCCACAUUGCUUUCGGACAAAGUGGUCCAAUAAACACCACCGAGCCACCGUCCCAGAUGGGCGCAAAUAUUCAUAGCCUAGAACUUGAGAACUCCUUGAAUGAGCUCUCAUCUUUCCUGGACAAUGGCGCCAUAUCAUCCUAUCAUUUCUCUUCGCUCGUUUCUGCCGAGCAGCCAAUGCCACUAUUUUCUCCCGAAUCAAUCACCCUUCCACCUGAAAUGGGCCCCGGGAACCAUUUGACCCCCAGCUAUGAGCCCGGUCAUCAUAAUCAUAACCAUCACGCUGACGAAUCUGGAUCCUUCUCCCAUUUUGAGUCCCGACUUCCGUCUCUUCAACCAGAAGAACAACCCCCUCAGAUUAGACGGAUGCACAUUCCUCAUCGCCCAUUGAGUGAGAUCUCUCUUGACGACAGGAAAUAUAUUCUCUCAAAAUUAGAUGAGUUUUCUUCGGUAAUUCAGCCUUCUUUUCAGCUGCCGUCUUGCUUGGCACUUGCAAGAUACGUUGCUGCUUACAUCAAUGGAUUCCAUGAACAUCUUCCUUUCCUCCAUAUCCCGACCAUGUCUGUUACUCAUUGCUCGGUUGAACUUAUCCUUGCUAUUGCCGCCGUGGGAACCCAGUACUGCCUUGAAGGAGAAAAGGGGAUCGACCUUUUCCAUGCAAGCCAAGCAAUUGCAAUGGAACGAAUACGGCGCAGAGACGUGAGAAGGAAUACAAACCACCGACAUGCCAUCCCAGAAACAGCCUCUGUGAGGGCAUCAGGGCAAACCCUCGCUUCCUAUCAGUCACUAUCUCUGGCUGGGCAGCUGGACCCAUCCCAUGAGUCUUCCUUUAACACAGUUUCCCAGGAAGAAGACCUCAUACAGACCAUUCAAGCAUUGCUCAUUCUAAUGGCCAUGGCAACAUGGGCAAAGCAAAAAGAAAUCCUCCGGGAAGCAUUAGCUCUACAGAGCAUCUUGGCCACCCUGGUACGCGAUCACGGUCUCCAGGGUCAACCUAUGCCAGACAAUGUUUCGUGGGAGGAGUGGGUUCCGUUGGAGACCGCGAAGAGAACGAAGUUUAUCGUGUAUUGCUUUUUCAACCUGCAUUGCAUUGUUUACAACAUUCCGUCUUUGAUCUUGAAUUCCGAAGUUGACCUAAUGUUACCGUCCGGCUCGGCUGAAUUUAAAGCUCCAACUGGAUCUCUCUGGCUUGAAGCGAAGGCAAAGGCCUCCUCAGAGGUUAGCUUCCAAGAUGCGCUUAACCGGUUAUUCUCCCGCGGUGGGACUGAGGUGGCGGAAUCCAACUCCUCGCUGGGCAAUUACAUCCUGAUACACGCUAUUAUCCAACACAUCUUUUUCCUUCGUCAAGUUACCCGUGGACGUUUCGAUGGCAAGAGGGACAUGGCCGCCGAAGACGUUUGCGCUUUGGAACGAGCCCUACGUAACUGGCAAAUUGGUUGGAAACGCCAUCCUGAAUCUUCGCUUGAUCCACAGGAUCCCAACGGCCCAGUUGCUUUCAACUCGACUGCUCUUCUUCGCCUGGCUUACAUACGUCUUAACAUUGACAUCGGCCCUGGGCGAGCGCUGGAUACUCGAGAUCCGGUGCAGAUCGCAAAGGCGUUUCGUGCCAGCCCACCGAUACGACGGACUCCUAAGCUGGUUCGGGCCGUCCUCCAUUCAGCUCAUGCUUUAAGUAUUCCCGUGAAAAUUGGCAUUAGGCUCGUUGCCCAAACGCAAACUUUUAUAUGGUCGAUUCAGCACUCGAUUUGCUCACUAGAAUGCGCCUUUCUGCUGAGCAAAUGGCUUGAAGCAUUAUCAGUGCCUAACCCAGACCCGCCGAUUAGUGACGAUGAGCGGCGCAUUUCUGCGCUUGUGAAAAUGAUGCUCGACGAAACCGAAUUUCCAGUGCCGUCUAAUUUGGCAAUGGGCUCACCGGAGAUGAACCAGCAACUCAAUGCUGGAGUAUUGCGGGUGUGGGCUCAAAUAUUCAAGGGCUCUCAGACAUGGGCUAUUGUUGGCGUCAUCGGCAAUGCUCUGAAUAUUUGUGCCGAUUUAGCCCAAGGGGGUUGA